UUGUUACAAACCCUGUUCUUCUUAAUUUCAAGCAAGCCCUUUACUUCCCUUAAGGCAGAAGACAAAAUGCAGAGCUGGGGAUCAGGAGACUGGAUGUGUGGUGCAUGCCAGCAUUUGAAUUUUAAAAAGAGGGAUCAAUGCCAGCGCUGCCAGUACCCCAAGUACGGCGGCCCUGACCCCUCAACAUACGCAUACAACAGGACUGAGGUCUUGGCCGGCGAUUGGUACUGCAAUGCCAUGAACUGCGGGGCCCACAACUACGCUAGCAGGUCGCAAUGCUACAUUUGCGGUGCCUUGAAAAAUAUGAUUGGUUCCGAUGGCUGCAGUGUGCCCGGGUGGAAAACCGGUGACUGGUUUUGCACUAGAGUUGGAUGUGGAGAACACAACUAUGCUAACAGGACAGUUUGCUAUAAAUGCAAAACGGCAAGGGAUUAUGGUGGCUCGGAAUAAGACGAAAACGAACAAUUGAAAGAUAUUUCAAUUUUCUCUUCACGACAUCCUUUCUCUCAC